CAUACUUAUAAAAAUUCAUUUCCAUCGUGAUGUUCGUAAUAAAAUCAAAAUGAAUUAGAAAUAUUUUUUCUCUAGCCAUGCCAUAAAACUGUGACGUGUGCUAGAGCUACCUAGAAAAAUUGAUAGCAGAAUUCUGAUAGCGUUUUCGUAAGCAUGGAAGUUGCGAGAGAGUUAUUAGAGAACUCUCUGGAACCGACGCUUCAUGACCCGAUACCUAGACCGGCAGAAGUAGAAGGGGGAAUUCAGGAAACCCAGGCCAGCCCAACAAGCUCGUCCUCCUACACAAUGGCCAGCGACCAGAGUGUGUUCAGCAGGGAUGUAGACCAUUGGAUCAGUGGUAGUGUUAACGCCACUGAAACCUCAGGGGUUCAGGGAAGCAGGGUGCCUCUUGUGCAGCGCUCAACUCUAGCAGUAUCUGACCAUGGAGCAGGAAUGUGGUACAUACUAGCUAUGCUCCUACCGCUGUUCACUGUGAAUAACACUACCCGUUGGAGAUGUUCACCCAGCACCAUAUUGAGUACAGCGGAAAUAUUUCUAUCUCAUUUGGGAAGAGCCUGUAAUCAUAUUAGAUGUCAAAUUAGACGUGUAGCUGAAAAUCAUAUAUCCAGAGAAAUAUUUGCAACCGUUAUGGACAUGGUACUUGCGGUGUACGCUAUUGGGUUCCUUGUGCUGUCCAUGUAUCAAGCUGAGCUUAUCAGCUAGUCAGAUGAAAUAUUUUCUAAAUAUUUUAUAAACUAAUAUAAAUGUUAUAAAUGCAUCUGAAUAAA